CUCUUCCGUCUUUUGUAGUGGUAUUUGCUUUGCUCAGGCAACAGAGUGAGAAACGGACACUUAUAUUGAGCAUGUUAUUUUGGCCUAAAUUAAUUAACGUUUUUAAAAUAAGAAAAUUGUCACUAUUGCUCCUGUUAUGAGAAUGGACUGACAUUUAUUUUGGUGGUUGGGCUUGUACAAGGGAGAAUUCUGAAGGAAAAAUACCGAGUCGUCAGCACUGGUAUUCAUGCUGUAGAAGUAGAAACAGAUUUUGGUUUUUUACAAUCAGUCGAACACAAACAUCGGAAGACGGCAAAUGGACAAAAUGAAUACCAUUUUCUUCCUAACGCUGCGUACAAUGUUCCUUGCAGCAUUAUCGUAUGCUGUAAACGAAACCCUUGAAGAAAACAAUGAAUUAUUUCAGGACAUACACCCCUCUUUGCAUAUCUGUCUAUCAUUUGAAUUGGGUCCAGGCGAAUAUGUUCUGUACCCUAACGGAACAAUCUAUGUAGAAUCGUACAACAAAACUUAUAACAAAUCCUUCUAUAUCUUAAAAGACAAUAAGGUAACUGUUUGCGUACCUGAAGAUCCUUAUCCAAAUGCAGAUUAUGAAAACGAAAAAGAACAGGAAAAGGAAUACGAAUAUGAAUAUAAUUUAAAAUACCUGUCCCAGAUUGGAUUGGGCAUAUCCAUAGUAUGCUUGGUAUUACAUCUACUAGUCUUCGUCCUAGUACCUGCUUUACGGAACUUACCGGGUUAUAAUUUGGCAUCUCUUUGUUUUUCUCUUUUUAUGUGCUAUUUGUUUUCAAUAUUCACCGACGACGAAAAUCUUAUCAAAAAUCGUAAUAUGUGCAUAGCAACUGCAGUUUUGAUCCAGUACUUCUUUAUGGCUUCCUUUCUCUGGAUGUCAGUGAUAGCUUUUGAUGUCUAUAGAACUCUUCUACAAGCGACUGGAAAUUUAAGAGUCUCCAAUAUGCAGUUCACAUUAAAGAAAUACGGAUUCUACUGCAUAUUUUCAUGGGGAAUUUCACUGGUGUUUACCUCUGCGGCUGUAAUAGCUGAUAAUGUAAAUGGCAUUGAUGAGUUGUACAAACCACAGUUUGAAAGACGUUGCUGGUUCCGUAAUAAAGAAUCUUUGCUAGUAUUUUCUGCAGGACCAAUUUUUGCUAUGAUUGUAUCUAAUCUUAUAAUUUUUUUUCUAAGUGUGUAUACCAUAUUCUCAAACAGAAUGAAAAGCGAUGAAAGUAGCAAUAACAUGCUUCUAAAAAAGCAAGCUUUGUUGUACUUUAGACUAGCCGUUAUUAUGGGCAUCACUUGGUUCGCUAAAUUUUUGGCUAUUAUGGUCAACGUUAUAUGGCUAUGGUAUGUUUGCGUUGCACUGAACGUCUUUCAAGGACUGUUCAUAUUCCUGGCUUUCACCUGCACGAAGAAAGUGAAAAAUCAUUUAAUGUCACGUCUCUUUGGAAAAUGGAAAAACUCAGAACCUGCUUUAAAUCCGACUUUUCAAUCUUAUUGCUAUUAUGCUAACUCUAUCGAAAAGGAUCUGGAUAAGAUUGUAGAUAGUGACAAACAAAAAACAUCUAUAGAUACUAUAGUAAUACACAUUUGAUUAAAGGUAUCAAAACUGAGGCCUCGUGAUCCUUCUGACACCAAAGAUAUUUCCUCUUUCGUUAUAAUGCCAUAAUUUAUGCACAAUCUCCAUCAUAGUUAAUUUCAUUUACGUACGAAUAGAAGCAUGUAUUUUUAUUUAUUUUCAUUUCAAAAUGAAUAUUAGUAUUGCUA